UGAUGUGAGCCACAAGCACCACCACUUCGUGGCCACCUCUUAUAGCAUCAACGUUAAUAUUACCCAUACGCCUCAUGUUUUGUUAUGUAAUGACACUCCCUAACACACCCAAAUUUUCUUUCUUUAUCUUUUUUUCCCCUUUCGUUUCGUUUGUUUUCUGCAACUUCAAUAGGCUAUUUUAACCAGCAUGGCCAAGCUCACGCUGAGGCCAGACAAUUCCUGCUUCAUUUCACAUACUCGCAGAGCAUGCUCACAUACCCCUUUUAUCAGAACGACAUCGUUUCCACGUUUUCACUUCCACCUCUCACCACCUUCCAACUACUCCUUAAGGCUCCGAAUAGUUUCUAACGCUCAACAAAAUGCCAAAGAAGUGGCCAAGGCCAAAGCUCUCACGGAGCUUCAAGAGGAAGAGGUGGAGAAGCAGCAUGAGAACUUGUCCGGGACCUGGCCACCUUGGAAGAAUCUUCCCCAAAGAUACAAGCUCAUUGGCACCACAUCUCUCGCUUUUGUUAUUUGUAACAUGGAUAAGGUGAACUUGAGUGUUGCCAUAAUUCCAAUGUCUCAUCAAUUUGGGUGGAACUCGACAACGGCUGGAUUGGUUCAGUCCUCCUUCUUCUGGGGUUAUGCAUUGAGUCAAUUGCCUGGGGGUUGGCUAGCUAAAAUAUUUGGUGGCGGAACUGUUCUUGAGAUUGGAGUGCUGAUAUGGUCAGUCGCUACCGCUCUUGUUCCUUUUCUUGCUGGAUAUAUGCCUGGCUUACUUUUGUCAAGGGUUUUGGUUGGGAUAGGGGAAGGUGUUUCCCCAUCUGCUGCUACGGAUCUUAUUGCCAGGUCAAUACCAUUGGAAGAACGUUCACGGGCAGUAGGAUUUGUUUUCGGAGGUUUGAGUGUUGGAAGUGUUAUGGGGCUUCUUUUGGCUCCUCCUCUUAUCCAAAAUCUUGGUUGGGAAUCAGUAUUUUAUUUAUUUGGUCUUUUCGGGAUUGCUUGGUUUUUGGGGUUUCAAGUUCUUGAAGGAGGUGAAAAACAAUUAAAUCCAAAAUCUCUUUCAUCCCCAGACACCGUUACAAACUCGUGGAAAACUUCUCUGACCGAAUUGAAUGGCUCUUUGAAGGAUGUACCUUGGAAGGCUUUUUUCCAAAAUCGUGCUGUGUGGGCUAUGAUAUAUGCUCAUUUCUGUGGUAGUUGGGGUCACUAUAACUGUCUAUCAUGGCUUCCCACAUUUUUUAGGUACCAUGUCAGCAUUUAAUGCUUCACCUGCUUCCACUUUUUAUCUUCCACUGCUACCAAGCCACCAGGGAGUCAGUGUUGACCUUUAGAAUGAAUAAUUGUUUCUUUAAUUUUUUUCCAUUUUAACAUUUACUCAUUCAUGACAUAGUUUUGCUUACAGAAAGUUAAUUAUAUUAUCAUAUCAUAAUAUGCUAGAAAGAAGCUGGAUUCACCUUUUAUUUACCUAGUUACACACACACACAGGUACCAAACUUAUUU